AACGGCAGCUUAGACUCUCACCUCUUCAACAAAAAAAAUCCCCCUUUGAACUGGGAGACGCGGUUCAAGAUCACGCGGGGGCUAGCGGCGGCGCUACUGUACCUGCACGAGGAGUGGGAGCAGUGCGUGGUCCACCGAGACAUCAAGUCGAGCAACGUCAUGCUCGACUCGGCCUUUAAUGCUAAGCUAGGCGACUUCGGGCUGGCCAGGCUCAUUGACCACGACAAGGGGUUGGAGACGACGAUGCUAGCCGGCACGAUGGGCUACAUGGCGCCCGAGUGCUUCAUGACGGGAAGGGCGAGCAAGGAGUCGGAUGUGUACAGUUUUGGGAUAGUGGCCCUGGAGAUUUCGACAGGGAGACGACCCAUAUCGGGGCAGGUGAGGACGGUGGAGUGGGUUUGGGAGCUGUACGGGACGGGGUGGGUGUUGGAGGCGGCGGAUGGGAGUUUGGAGGGAUGUGGAGGGUAUAUUGAGAGUGAGAUGGAGAGGUUGAUGGUGGUGGGGUUGUGGUGCGCAGAGGUGGUGCGGGUUCUAGGGUUUGAAGGGGUGCCGCUGCCGCUACCGUCCAAAAUGCAGGUGCCUACCUAUGGUACUCCGCCGCCGCCAUCUAGUAUUGCGUCUUUGAUUUAUGCAUCUGAUGCGACUUAUUCGUCUUCGGGUUAUAGUUAUGGCUUGACGACCACUUCUUCUUCUGGUGCUUCUGUUUAUGCCAAAGGCACGGUGUCAAUCAAACUUUUUUCGUAG